GAGCCUAAAGAUGGUGAGUAAGUGGGUUGUCAUCAGACCUUUAUUGUUUUAACAGCAUUAUGUCUAAUUCAUCAAAGUGAGGCUUUAAAUGACCCCCAGAGGCAGAGCUCGGUCUCCUGGGAGAUUAGAGUCCUGUUGAAGAGAUAGAAUAAUGUUAGUGUGAUGGACAGAGAGGGAGGAGAGACGCAGAUGGACCGCGGCCAAUGAUCUACAAGCAGAGUAACUAAAGAAGAGGCACAGAAGAGAUUUCAUACAGCCAGCUUCUCUCCACAGGCCGAAAAUGCGAGUAUGUCACAGAGGAUGAGAGCAGAAACAAAGCCGGAUAUUAAGCAAUAGGUGGUGAGGAGCAGCCAGGUGGUGUAGUCCAUUUAGGCUAUUAAUUUUGUUCAUUAGUCCGGGUCGUUUGGAUGCGCAAGUGGGUGGUACAGGCCAUCAGCAGGCUUUGGGUAGAUUAUAACCUGAAUAACAUUUUCACCACAAUAUGUUUACGAAAUUCAAGACCCUGCACUAGCGGAGGGUGAGGACGAAUCGGGUGCAUGGGACGCAUAAAUUAAAAAAAUCAUCCACACCUCACGUUUGUCUCCCUUAAUGUCCUCAAACGGAGGUGCGUGGAGGAGAGCGCGAUUUGAUCCCGCAGCCGAUGCCCGGAGAAAGCAGCAGCCCGUGUGCAGGCAGCUGUGGACGACAGGAAGGUGGUACCCAAGCGUAGCUGUUUGUUGUCUGGGAUCUGACUCCGGAGGCGCGUCGCUGAGGUAUGGGCUGCGCUCCCAGUAUCCACGUUUCUCAGAGCGGGGUGAUCUACUGCCGAGACUCAGACGAAUCCAAUUCCCCCCAUCAAACCACUACCAUCUCCCAGGGAACCGCGGCCACGCUGCAUGGGCUCUUCAUCAAAACCGAUGCGGCCGAGACCAUUCCCUCCGUCAUCACUUACCAGAGCCGGCACUCGCGCAACAACUCGUUCCGGGAUCGCAAGGAGAACAGCGGGGGACAUGUCCGCAUCGAGGCCGAAACGCAGACCAGUCACACCAGCGUCAAGGUUUCAUCUACAGAAGAAUGUGUUGGACCUAUGAGAUUGACGCAGGAGCCAAUUCAGGUCCUGCUGGUGUUUGCAAAAGAAGACAGCCAGAGCGAUGCUUUCUGGUGGGCCUGCGAACGCGCGGGGUUCAGAUGUAACAUCGCACGGACACCCGAAUCUGCCGUCGAGUGUUUCCUAGACAAGCACCAUGAGAUAGUUGUCAUUGAUGGACGCCACUCGCGCUACUUUGAGCCUGAGGCCGUCUGCCGGAUGAUUCGCGCCACCAAGCCCUCUGAAAACACAGUUAUUCUAGCUGUCGUGCCCCAAAAACUGCCUGACCAGGAGGAGCCAUCUGUUCUUCCUCUCCUCUGUGCUGGAUUUAGCAGAAGGUUUGUGGAGAACAGCAGUGUGUCAGCGUGCUAUAAUGAGCUCAUACAGAUCGAACAUGGAGAGGUGCGCUGCCAGUUCAAACUCAGGGCCUGUAACUCUGUCUUUACUGCUUUGGAGCACUGUCAGGAGGCUGUGGAGAUCACCAGCGAGGACCACAUAAUACAGUAUGUUAACCCAGCAUUUGAGAGGAUGAUGGGUUACCACAAAGGGGAGUUAAUCGGGAAGGAAUUGACUGAACUUCCCAAAAGUGACAAGAACAGAGCUGACCUGCUGGAUACAAUCAACACUUGCAUCAAAAAAGGAAAGGAAUGGCAGGGCAUUUACUACGCCAGGAAGAAGUCAGGUGACAGCAUACAACAACACGUGAAGAUAAUGCCCGUCACUGGUCAAGGAGGGAAAAUCAGACAUUUUGUAGCCAUCAAGAGACCUCAUAUGGACAAUAAUAACCAGGUCCACAAGUUGAACAAGGAAGAGAGGUGCAGCGGGGAACAUUCUCAGUCAGAGUGCCAUUCUCUACGUCACAGGGACAGGAGGAAAGAUUCAAUGGACGCCAGAUCACUUAGUUCCCGUGGUAGUGAUGCUCCAAGUUUACAGAAUCGAAGACAUUCCUCUGUUGCUAGGAUCCAUUCAAUGACCAUCGAAGCUCCCAUCACGAAGGUAAUAAAUAUCAUCAAUGCAGCCCAGGAAAGCAGUCCAGUAACGGUAGCCGAGGCUCUGGAUCGUGUGUUGGAGAUCUUGAGGACCACUGAGCUUUACUCCCCUCAGCUUGCCUCAAAAGAAGAUGACCCCCAUACCAAUGACCUGGUUGGGGGCCUGAUGAGUGACGGGCUGCGGAGACUCUCUGGGAAUGAAUAUGUUUUCUGCAAAAACAUGAGCCAGGGUCAGCUGGCCAUCCCAGUCACUUUGAAUGAUGUCCCUCCAUCCAUCGCUGAGAUGCUGAAUGAUGAGGAGUGCUGGGAGUUCAACAUCCUGGAGCUGGAGGCAGCUACACACAAAAGACCGCUGACUUACCUCGGGCUGAAGAUUUUCACGAGUUUUGGAGUGUGUGACUUCCUAAACUGCUCAGAGGCCACCCUACGCUCCUGGCUGCAGCUUAUUGAGGCCAGCUACCACUCUUCCAACUCUUACCACAACUCCACACAUGCUGCAGACGUGCUGCAUGCCACAGCCUACUUCCUGCGCAAAGAGAGGGUCAAGGGUAGUCUAGACCAGCUGGAUGAGGUGGCGGCACUGAUAGCAGCCACUGUGCACGAUGUGGACCAUCCAGGCAGAACCAACUCCUUCUUAUGUAACGCAGGUAGUGAACUGGCCAUCCUGUACAAUGACACAGCCGUGCUGGAAAGCCACCAUGCAGCCCUCGCCUUCCAGCUAACCAUGCGUGACAGCAAGAGUAACAUCUUUAGGAACAUCGACAGGAAUCAGUUCAGAACGCUGCGACAGGCCAUCAUCGACAUGGUACUGGCUACAGAGAUGACCAGACACUUUGAGCAUGUCAGCAAGUUUGUGAACAGUAUCAACAAGCCGAUGGCUGCCAUAGAGGAAACCAGCAUAAGUAGCGUGAACAGCGACUGUGAUGGUCAGGCUAACAUCAGGAACUCUCCAGAGAACCGCCUGCUGAUUAAGAGGAUGCUUAUCAAGUGUGCAGAUGUUGCAAACCCCUGCAGGCCACUGGAGCUCUGCAUCGAGUGGGCUGGACGGAUCUCUGAGGAAUACUUUGCACAGACGGAUGAGGAAAAGCGACAAGGGUUGCCGGUGGUAAUGCCAGUGUUUGACAGGAACACCUGCAGUGUGCCCAAAUCUCAGAUCUCCUUCAUAGACUACUUCAUCACUGAUAUGUUUGAUGCCUGGGAUGCCUUUGCCAGCCUGCCUGGUCUGAUGGAGCAUCUGUCGGAGAAUUAUAAGUACUGGAAAAACUUGGACGAGAUGAAGUGUAAGAGUCUGCGCCCUCCUCCUCCGUCUUGACCUUCUCCUCCUCUGGUCCAGCUCUCUGAGUGAAGUUAGACCACAGACUCAGCCCUGCAGUGGAACAAUUAGUCUUUUCAGCUGUAAUUUGACGGAGCUCUGAGCCCCCCCGGCCAUCCUUGGAUACGGCCUGAAAAUUGAGCAAUUAGGACUCUAAGGGCAGACAUCACUGACUGAAGAACACUGAGAAGCGUUUUCCUGUGUAUGUUUGUAUUUUUUCUUGUGCGCUUUUAGCUGGACAUGUUCUACCAGUGGAGAACAGGUAUUUGAGGGCCCUGUCGACUGUCCACUGCCACUUUUUGGCCCUCUGAAGUAUUCUUGUGUGGACUUCAUGGUUCGCCAGACAAUCUGUACCAUACAGUGUAUCACACCAGAAACCUGCACUUUAGCUAAUCAAGACAUUUUGAUUUUGAGCUCUUUUUUGCUGUGUUUGCUUUCCAGACUUAAUAAUCUUCUUUUAAACAUUUUAUUUAAUAUCUGUAUGUUUUUCCCAAAAAAAUUUUAAAAAUUAAGCAGUGACAAAAGCCAGAGGCACAGACUUAAAGUAAAUAAUGAUCUAAUCACGCUUUCAAUAGAUGCGAGUUCUCCUUUAAAGCUUCCUUUUAAAAUUGCAAACUUGUGAAAGUGCUCAGCUGCAAUUAUUCAAUCAUAUUAGCUGUUUGGGACCAAUUCUCAUAAACCCCUGACCCCAUCAGCCCUGUGCAGGAAGAGUAUGCUAUAAAGAGCAGACCUCCAGAGACUAGUACUAGAGUAUAGUUCUAGCCAGCAGACAAAAUUUUCUGAACUUCCAGCCCCAUUUAUCGAGGUUAAAACUAAGGGCUGGAUUUUAAGGUCCUGUAGCUGCAGAAAAUAAUAAGGCUGUGAUAUAUCUCACCCUUUUGUUGUUUCUUCUAUGUCACCAUCUUUAGUGCACUGUGAAAGCAGCUAGUGAGGAGGAGGACCUGCCAAACCUGUAUGUCAUAACAAGCAGAGUUGCACUGUAUCAGAGCUGUUUAGUUUUCAAAUGUUUCAAAACUUUGUGACACUAACUGUAGAUGCACACAGAAAAGAAGAAACAAAUUGUGAGUAAUUGGACAGUAUAUGUAUAGGUAUUUAAUGUGGAGCUUCCCGGACUGUGGACACAUAUCUUAUUUUAUUUUGACCUCACUGUGGCCUGAGCAAUAAAUGAAGCAGCAAAUGGCUUAAUACGAAUUUUAGAGGUGAAUUUAAAAUCUUUGUAACAUGAUUCAUCUUAUUUGGCAUUUUUAGGCAUUUGUAUAAUGUGUCUGCCCCCUGCUGGCAUUAAAGAAGUGAUGCAGAGUAAAAACGUCAGUUCCAGUCCUCAAGGACCUGAAAGUUUUAGAUGUUUCCCUGCUUGCCCAAGUCAAAUGAAAUGGACAUCCCAACAACUUGUCAAGUUUUGCACAAGCCUGUGUGUUAGAGCAGGGAAAUAUCCAAAACCUGCACGCUAGAGGUCCUGAAGUUGAUAUUCCCGGAUAAAAAUGAGAGAAAUUUUACUUAUUGGGAAUGUAAAAAAUUACUUUUUAAAAUUUUGCUUCUUGUUUUUGCUUAAUAGAAGCUAAGGAUUUUGGCUUCCCAGCAUCCCUCAGGUCACUUUUCAGGUGAAACGGUGUUUAAAAUGACUGCAAACAGCAACUUUGGAAAUGAAGAUUAGUGGCUAAAUCAGCAGAUACUCAUGAACUACUGUUGCUGUGAGAUGAUGUAAUAUUUAACCAGUUCUUGUUUCUCUAUAUUAGUGAGUGAAGCAGGAGGAAUUGUAGCUCUGUGUGUGUUAAUUAAGAGUGUGCACAUUACAGUAUUAACCAAAGGCACAGAGAGCUCCUAACAGGUGCCUUAUUCUUUGGUCAUCUUUACAGACGAAAUGUUUUUUGUUGGAGCCGAUCCUCCUCUGUACAAAAGAAGACAAGAAAAGCCAUAAGUGUUUAAGGUAAUCUGAUAUGUUGCUUCAUGCUCUGUGCGACGGUUUCGAGUUGGUGAGUUGGUGUUAAUGGUUCUGUCACGAUGGUCCUGACAUUUUGUCCUGUGUUUUGUACACCUAAAGUUUUCAAGAUGUAAACUAAACUCACUUUUAAGAGGUUAAACCCGUCACAUCCAUGUUCAGUGUACUUACAAUUCUGUAGUCACCUUAUUGAUGAUCAAAGGUCUUAAGAAACGCCUUAAUCCUGUCACGUUUCACUAUUUGGGUCUGCUAUCGUUGCAAUACACUGUAAACUACCCAAUGUUUCUGCUGUUCUUGUAAAUAAUCAGCCAAUAUCUUUUUUCCUUUGCUUUUUACAUAUUUUUGCUUAGUGUGUACCUUUUGUUUUUGUUUUAAUGUUAAAUGUUGCUGUUGCUUUCCAAAAUCUCUAGAAAAAGAAGUUAUUUUUUUUACCAUGACUUGAAACGCAGCUCAAGCUCUGAAUGUUUCAUGGCUGCUAUCACCGAUCAUAAGAGGAUAUUUUUGCUAGUCUCUAACAAACAUUUCUAUUUAUAAAGAGAAUUUAAAGAUUUCAGAUUUACACUUCAGACAAACCAUGCCUUUUCUGUGAGCAGUGUUGACUGGAAUAUUAUGAUAUCCAUUAGAUUAGAUGACCACCAGUCUUUUAAAGCCUUGCUUUGAGUCUACUGAGGCAGAACCAGACAGUAGAGCUGCUUUUAUCGUAACAAGCCUUCCUCCCUAACACUGAUGGCCGUGACUGCUAGAACGUGCCAAUUCUGUGUUUUGUAUAAUUUAUGAAAAGAACAAUGAUUAGAAAGAAUCUAUAAAAGUACGAAACGUAUUUUUAUGAAAAUAAUUAUUGGCCAUGAGGAUAACUUUACUUUGUUUUUAAUGAUUUUUCUGCUAUGAAAAGCUUUAAGCUUGUCAUCUAAAAUUCUCCCAUGUUUGUUUGGAAAGUUUAAUGUAUUCUGCUCUCUGCAUUACAUCUUAUGUUGAUGUUUUCUGUCAAACACAAAAAUGUAUUGUGAGACAAUAAAAAGCAUUAUUUAAA